UUUUGUCCUCCACGAUUUCUCGCCGGUAAUUUUCCCCUCGCCCAAUCUCUCCUCCCGGAGCGGAGAAUCGGUGCCGGAGCUCUGCGCGCUCCGACGAGCUUUUCCUCGGAUUUUUCCCUUCUUCCCGGUCGCCGUCGGCAUCGCCAUCGCAAGCAGUGUUUGUGAAACAGCAACACCUGAUGAAGUUCCGCAAAGGUGUCAAGGUGGAGGUGCUACAGAAGGCGGAGGCACCGUUCGGUUCCUGGAGGCCUGCCACCAUCGUUUCUGGCAAUGGGCACACCUAUCUUGUAAGCUAUGAUGAACGUCCUUUCGACGGUGGUGUAGACGUGGAAAGGAUUCCAAGAAAGGCGUUGAGGCCUUCUCCACCGCCCUCAGAUGGCCAGGUGUGCUGGGUCCCAGGCGACAUCCUUGAAGUCUUUGACAGCUAUUCAUGGAAGGUUGCGGAAGUCGUGAGAUUGCUUGGUCAGGAGUUUUAUCUCGUCAGGCUCCUCGGAUCCUCCCAAGAAAUGAGAGUACACACAUCCAAUCUUAGGGCAAGGCAGCUUUGGCAAGACGGCGAUUGGGUUGCUCUUCCAAAGGAUUCUGCAAGAUGUGCUGGUGGUUCACUUAGGAGUCGGACAAAAGGUGGAAACUCAGGGGGCAGUCAUCUUCUGCUGAAGGACAAGGUUGUGUUGGAGGGCAAUAUGUCUCGAGGCAUCAAGAGGAAAUCAUCUGCUGCAUCAGCUUUCCCUAUGCAGCGCAGUGAAGUUACUAAGAAGUUUCAGACUUCUCACAGAGAUGGAAGACGCCAAUAUCUUGGUCCUGGAGAUUCUCUUCGUUUGAUGGAUAAGGUAGAUGCUGUUGAUUCCCCAUGCUUAAUGCUGGGUGAAAAAUGCAUGCAUGAUUCCUUAAAUAACAGAGCUAAUGGUUUUCCUAAAACAAACUUGGCAGCGGUUAACACUUAUGUUGAUUAUCAGUAUCCUGCUGUAACAACUCAAGACCGCGAUACUGAUAGUGCCGCAUCCUCUGUUGGUAGUUGCAGUCCCUACGGUAGCCCCUAUAGGCCAGCACAUCCUCAAGAGUAUGACAGUGAAGAUAUCUGUAGUAGGAAUGAUGACAAUGAUGAUGAAGCUUCUACAUCUGGAAGAGAAUCACCUCUUCCAAUGGAAGGAGGUCUCAAGGAAGAAACCCAUCUGCUUGAGUUGCAUGCUUAUCGUGCAACAAUGAUGGCACUAUAUGCUUAUGGAUCAAUUAGCUGGGAGCAAGAGGCUUUGAUGACUAAUCUGAGGCUUACACUGAACAUCUCAACUGAUGAACAUUUAUCAGAGUUAAGAAAUCUGGCUUUCUCUUCAGUUUGUUCUAGAUAGCCAUAUUAAACAGUUACAAAUGAAGAGACUUAGAAUUUGGUUGUUAUGUUGUCAUACCACUUACUUUAGAAUAGUGGAAUUAUGGUUAGUGUGGACUAUGAAGAUACCAUUCACUUGUUGGAGUACUUGACGCUCUGUAUUAAUCAUGUAGAAAGGGGGAACUUUUGUACAAUAGUUUCCUUAAUUUGUCAAUGCAACUUUUGCCCCCACUGAGUCAAGUUUUUUUUUUAAUUGAACCAACUGUCUUCUCAAUUCAUAUUAUCUUGUAUUGGUUUUGUGCCGCUGUAAGAAAGCCCUUGACAUGUGGUAUUAGAAUCCCCUUGAUGGUACCAUGUUAUACCCCUUUAAAGUCUGUGAUAAGUUGUUGUAAUUCAGUGACAUAACAUGGCAAUGAAAUUUCAGUUCUGCUAGUGUUCAGCAAACAACUUUCAUGUAUUCAAUUUGUUACUUGAACUUGAACUAGCCUAUUUUACCAUGCUGAUGUAUUUUCCACCUUUGCUAGAUCUUCUGUUUAAUUGUGCAAAGAUGGAGCCAAUACUCCAAAUCUCCAAUGUAGGCAAAGCACCUUUAGUUAACUGUAUCAGCAUGUGUAACCUGACAGUUGACCAACAUCCUAGCUUGUAAAACACCUUUGCUCACAGCAUUAGAAGCCAUCACUAAAUUUGGAUGAUUUGUUCUCCCUUUUCCGGUGGUGUGAAAUUGCAACAGAAAUAAUAGGGAAAGAUGUCAUCUGAUGCUUUUCAUGCAUUUUCCAGGGCCGAAGUUGGAGGCUUGUAAAGCAUCCUUCGUUAGGUCUGUGUUGAUGGAGGAGUUUGUCACAUGGUUUAUGUGGUGAUCAAUGUGGCAACAUUUCCAUCAAACCUUGGUUGGUAUCUAUUUUAUUUUUUCGUUUUAUUGUCUUUCUUUUUAGCUUCUUUUCUGGCUCUACUAGCUUUGUUUUUGCAAGGAUACUGUUCAGGAAAUUUUGUUUGACAAUAGUGAACAAAUAAGUUAAUUGUACCAUUCAACAUGCAGUAGUAUGUUUGCAAACAAUAAUGCUAAUGUCAGUACAGAGAACCACUAACUUUUUCGUCACACUUUAUUGGAAUUUCGGAUAACUGUAAUUAGUUUUGAUAUAUUCUUAGGUUGGUAAAAGAAGUAAUUGGUUGUCAUAAUUGCACAAUGUGCUCUCUUUGGUUAAUUUCCAUAUGAAUAGAGGUUUGAUUAAGUCGAAAAGCUCAAUAAGCAUAGGCAUGGUGCUGGAUUUUAGGUUGAUAAAUUUAGAUAUCAGUCAUACCACGCAGAAGUGUGCGAUUUGUUGAAGUAGCCUUACAGAGAUCUAUCUUGGUCACAGUACUCUUGAAAUGGUAGGUCUCGGAAGCUCAUCUGUAAGAGUUAAUAGCUGGUUUUUGCUUUGCAAGAGUUCAUAUCGGCCAAAAGAUUAUGUGGAGUAUUCUGAGAAAUAAGGGAGAGUACCCUUAAUGAUAGACUUAUUGGCUUUGGGCAACGUGGGCGGUGAUCUAAAAAAGCUGAUUACUUGAUGUGGACAGUGAGAGGUAAGUAGGCAUAUUGUUAACCCUCAGCCCUCAGAAGUUCUACGGUUUGUUAAUUUCCUGACACAUGGUCUAUCCGUGUAUGUAAAGUGCUUCUCUGAAAGGUGCUGGCUGGGAUGUUACUAUAUGAUAUUUUAUUUCCUUACAAGCACUUAGGGAGGCUAAUUUUGUAUUCAAUAAAUGUAAAGUACUCUGAAAUAUAGUGCUCCUCGGAUUUGUUUGGGUCUUUUACGGUUUUACCUACAUGUCCUUUUAGUUAGUCUCUCAGUAUAAGAAAAUCCUAAUCUGUCAGUGUCCUUCUGAUACUUUUGUGUUCAAGAACAUUGAGAUGUUUAUAUUACUUUAUGUCUGAUGGCAAUGCUUGUCAAUCCUCAUCCUCCUACCUCAUUUGCUGGUAUUACUGAUUCUCCUUUUCUCUUUGCAAGUAUGUUUGUGUGUGGUGUUGUGACAAUAAUGGUUCAGUUUAUGAUAUGUUACACUAUUCAGUCUACCAGUCCCAAUACAACUGGCACAAUGCUUCUCAUUUAUACUUGUCUAAAAAUUAAGGAGUUGGAAAAAAUUGAUGGGAUAAAGUUGUAAUUUAUAGUAUACACUUGACCACUAACAAUGUAAGAUAUUUAACAGAAACAUAGAUAUCUGUUUCAGUCAUUUACCAGUUUUUGAACAUUUUCAAUUUCAUAGCUUAUAUCAAGGUGGCAAUGUAUGGGAAAUGCACUAUGUGGAGGAGGCUACGCCCAAAAUCCUUUUCACACAUAUUUACAAACUCUCUUCGAUGAAGUGUAAGAGCAUUGUUGGAUGUAUAACGUCUGUAUGGAGCAGCAUGUAAAUAGCACCUUGUUGUUUUCCAGGAAUUUUCUUCUGAAAGUUAUAUUUAAUCAUAACAAACAAUUGCUUGAAGUUUAAGUCGUUGAGAAUUUUUUUUUCUGGUUCUUCUUUUUGUACACAAAGUUUGAGGUACAAGCCGACUAGGCUCCACAUGACUCUCUAUUGCACUUUUUCUUUAUAAGAAUUGAUAGAUUAUGUGGACAUCGCUAUAUUUCAUGGAACAGUUGGAGUUACUGGAAACUCCUGUUGCUUUCAAAGAAGAACUGAGGUCUUGCUAUAUUUAUACUUAGCUGAUGUUAUUCAACUCUCCAUUAUUCUAUUGGCGACAUUGAGGUCAAAACGCCUGUUCGUUUCAGAGACGAAAACAGGAGGGUGCUUGGUUCCAGUUUGUUGGUGAAAAACUAUAAUCAUUACUGACCAAGAUUGAGAACUUCACAAUUUUUAUUUGCUACAUUUAAUUGUAAGGCAAUUCGGCAUGAAAAUUUAAUUUAGAGAGAAACCAGAUGAAUCCAAUCUGGUACCCAAGAAAACUGCCACCUGGGCUGUUCAGAUUUACCAAGUAGUAAUUUUCUGAUUUUUUUUGACUUGUAAUUUUCUGAAACCUAGGUCACUAGGUGGCAUGGUAAGUCGGGAUUCAAUUAAAUACUUAACAGAUUUUCCAUUUAAAAUAAUUAUUUAUUGCUGCCUUAUAGACACAGGUCAUGUAAGUGAAGGCUUGGGCAAUUAUUAUCUACUAUCUGUAAGACUGUAACACGAAUUGUUCAAACUGGAAGUAUUGAUGUUCUUUAUACACCAAUGAAAAUCUGAUUACUUCAUUUUUUUUCAAAAUGAGAUCUUUUGAUUAUUUUCCCUUACGACUGAAUUUUUUGCUCAAGCUGUUAAUUCGUAACAAUAUUUUCCAUUGGGAAAAUAAAACUAACAGAUGAUUGAGGAUUGGGAUGUCAUGUCUACUUGAAUCCUAUGAGAAGAUGAAGUAUGUUUGAUUGUAGCAAAGAAAUUUUUCAUAAGGUGUGAACAAAUGUUUUUUUUUCCCAUGGGAUUUGCACUACGAGAUUCCUAUAGGAUUAGUUCCUAUUGGAUAUGUUCCUAUGAAUUAAACAACAUAUGUAGGAAAGUUUCCCAUAGGAUCCAAAUUAAUCCUAUGAAUCAAAGGAGCCCUGCUGGGGUUUUGUGCCAGCUAGAACUGUUAGCGAAGUUCUAUAGGUGAAAAGCCUAGAUGCAAUUCUGUAGUUAAUAUCAGGAGACCUUAUCAGAACAUGUUGGCCAAAGAAAACGGUCACUUUCUGUAUGUUUUUAGCCGACAUGUUGAUAUAGCAGGGUUGAUGUUCAUCUUAUUGCAGCUUUAUUUUGAUGGCACACUCUGGUGCGUUUUGGUAACCACAUUUGCAGGCUUUUCUAACAAAGGUGUGUACUAUUGCUUCAGGUGGUCUUAUUCUGAAGUUACGCCUGAUUGAAGUUGAGUUCCGUUUUCUCAUGUCAGCCCAAAGUCUUGGAGUGAGCUAUUCAGUAUUUAGUUUUUGCUUAACCUUCAAUUGUGUUUAUACAUUUCUUAUUUUAUUGCUUAUGAGCAGUUCUCAGAAUUUAGUUGGAUAUUUUUUAAUAUUUAUUGGUAAUGUUUUGAGUAGUACUAUAGCAAGUCAGUUGUCCUGGCAGCUUUAAUCUCUUGUCAUUGGUCUGGGCACCCUGAGUUUGCAGGUAGGAAAGAAGGCUUUUCCUGUCUAAUCUGUGAUCUGUCACUUUUUGGUUUGGAGCGUAUUCCUCCACUUCAUGCAUUGGAAUUCUGGUACAUAACAUGAUUAUUUCUUCCCUAGAAAUCGAGUUGAAAUGAAAUGAGUUGUUAGAAUCACUAUUUCAGAGUAUCCAUCUCUGCUUUGUUUGGGGACGCGUGUUUGUAUCCUUGUGGCUGGAUCUAGUAUUCUGGUGCAUUAGCAGAGCACCUGAAGCGAUGCUGUUCAUCAUGUAACACUUCUAGUAUUGGAUGGAUGUCAAUGGCACAGAAGAUAAAGCAGCUGCAGACAGGCCCAAGGAUAUCUGCCAGAUGGCUGGGAGCACUAUGAUCUGAAAUUUGUGAAGUCAGCCAUCAGUUAUCUAUCAGUGUACGGCGAGGUUGUUUCUAGCCAUGGUGCUUAUCCAUCCGAUGGUUCUCGUAGCCGGAUGCUAUAAUACCUGAGUUGUCUAAGUUUUGAGAUGGCUGUUGAGGUUCAUGACUGGACGCGGUACAUUCACUGCUAAGCUGAAGCUGUACUGCUUGAGAUGGAGAAACAUUUCACAUUUCGUCCAAUAUCAACUUUUCUGGUUGAUGUAAUGAUAUACAUGACUGGCAUUUGUGCCCAAAAAUUUGUAUCAUGGAUGGGAGAACUUUUCAUUAAAAAAGUUGGUAUUGA